AUGGAGAAAUUUCUUGUGCGGACCAACAAGCCAACCGACGCACCACCAGCUGCAAAAAAGCAUAGAAGGUACGAUGAAGCAUACCUGCAGUUUGGGUUUACAGUUACGGCUGAUCUGAGACCUCAGUGUGUCGUGUGUGCCGAGGUGCUGGCAAACGACAGUAUGAAGCCCUGCAAAUUAAAAAGGCACCUCGAAACAAAGCAUCCUGGCAUUAAAAAUAAGCCAGCUGAAUAUUUUAAAAGAAAGCUUGAUGGCCUCCAUCAGCAACAGGCAACCAUUUCAGUGCACAGCACUGUGUCUAAACAGUGUUUGGAGGCAUCGUAUGUAGUGGCCAAAAGAAUCGGUAAACUGGGUAAACCGCAUACAAUCGCAGAGACUCUCAUUUUGCCGGCAGCGCAAGACAUGUGCAGAAUAAUGAUAGGCGAUAGUGCAGCAGCCAAACUCGGUGCAGUACCACUGUCCAAUGACACAGUCGCUAGGAGAAUUGUAGACAUGUCCAAUGAUAUCAGAGAGCAACUGAUCGAGUUUGUAAAAAAGAGUCCUUACUACGCGCUGCAGCUGGACGAAUCCACUGAUAUUGCUGGGCAGGAACAGCUCCUCACCUAUGUCAGGUAUCUACGGGACAAGGCGAUUGAGGAGGAUGUACUGUUUUGCCGGCCUCUUCAGUUGCACACUACAGGAGAAGCCAUUUUCAAUGUCCUUAAUAUUUUUAUCCUUGAAAAUGGUUUGGCUUGGGACCGAUGCGUUGGCCUAUGCACGGAUGGUGCGCAAGCAAUGACGGGGCGUGAGCGUGGCCUAGCUGCUCGAGUUCAGCAAGUAGCUCCACUUGUGAAAUGGACACAUUGCAUGGUCCAUCGCGAAGCACUAGCUGCUAAAAAAAUGCAGGUUCUUUUUGACUCCGUGCUGAACCAAUCCGUGAAAAUGAUAAAUCUUAUCAAAUCACGGCCGUUAAACUCUCGCUUGUUUGGGGUCCUCUGCCAGGAGAUGGGGUCAGGGCACGAACAGCUGCUUCUGCACACUGAAGUUCGCUGGCUCUCCAGGGGGCGGGUGCUACAGCGGUUGUAUGAGCUUCGAGAGGAGGUGAAGUGGUUUUUGACAGAAAUCAAAUCAGAUCUGGCGAAGCAUCUGGAUGACACUAUGUGGCUUGCGUCUCUGUCCUAUUUGGUCGAUAUAUUUGACCGCUUGAAUGGCCUCAACCUGUCUUUGCAAGGCCGCGGAACUCAUAUUUUGAUCCUUGCAGACAAAGUGCACGCCUUCACACAAAAACUAGACCUCUGGCAUGGCCGCAUCAGUCAAGGGAACUGCGACAUGUUUCCCAGCCUUGCAGACUUUAUCACUGAUGCAGGCACGUCACACGAUUUCUCAUCCCUAUUUCAAUGA